AUGGUUACCUACCGUGCUGUAAUGGUGAGCAAGACCUGUUCAAAAGAGGACGGAGUUAGAACCUCACUGGAAGAGUGUUAUUUAUUUCCUCGGUUUGAUAUUGCUUUUAUUUUUCCUUCCUUUCUUUCUUUCUUUCUUUCUUUCUUUCCUUCCCAUCUGUUUCUUUCGUUAUGUUUUUUCUCUUUCUCUUCUUCGAUUUCUCAGCUUUUAUCGUUAGUUCGCCUGACUUAUUAUUUCUUCUCUUUUAUAUCUUUCUAUUCUUUAUCUUAUUCUUUUGUUCUUUGCCUCCGUUUUCUUUUUCUUUUCUUUUUUCCUUGUCUUUUUUCUUUUUGUCUUUGUAUUUUUACUAUUUUCCUACCUCACUCCUUCCAGUCCCUUUUUGUUAUUGUUUCUUUCUUUAUUCAUUCAUUUACUCUUCUCGCUUUUCUUUUCUUAUAUCUUUUUAUUUUAUUUUAG